AUGCAGUCGCCGAGACCCUAUGCUUCCUAUGCCCUUUGCAGGCAGAAGGAUCCGCUGGUGGUGGCCAGUCUCGUCCUAUUGGCUGUCACGAAACUGCGCAUCAUGUCCAGUUCCGGACGCAUGCUGAGGAGUGUCCAGAAGGCUUACGACGAGCUGCUGGAGCAGAGGGCACUGCUGCAGCGCAAGGUGUAUGGCUUGAUGGUGACACAGAAUCGGAUGGCAUCGCCUUUGGCGAAUCAGGUGUACGGACCGAUCGAUCCGGAACAUGCUUCCACUCGCCGGUACAGGCGCUACUGGAUGGAGCAAGCCCCGUCCCAGCGCACCGUACGGGCGACCCAGGUUCCUGGACCGCCUCCCGUUCUUUCGCCCAGCUCGUCUCAGCGUCGACAGAAGGCUAUGUUGCUGGUGCGGCAGCAAAUGGAGGGCACGGGAAGACAGAAACUUCCCUCCGGCCCACCGAAUCCGCCACAGCCCCUUCAGCCGCCAGACAAGACUGGCGACCUGGACC